AUGACGAAUGUCUCAAUGAACGCAUUCGAGAACGAGCCUGGCGUGCUCAAGUUCGCUCUUCUUGUGCCAAGAGAGCUCGUUGAGGGAGACACAUCUAUGUAUUCCAUUGAAGAAUAUGCCAGCCAGGAUGCCUUCAGAUCGCACCUACAGACCCAGCCAGUCAAGGAUAUGUUCGCCUGGAUUGACUCGGAGAAUAUCUAUACCGAGCCUCCACUGGUCCACAGGCUCGAUUCCAUAGACGGAUUUGACUUCAUACGUCCGGAGCUGAUACAGGAGUAUGACCCUUAUGUCCUUUGGCGGGAGGUAGCGUACAAACCCGGAGCGUCGGCGAGUGCCUACCCACUCUGGCGAAAAGUGGUCCAGACAAGCAAGGACGAGAGCGGGACGAUUAUGUAUGGCGUCUAUAACGACACCUCUGGUAGUGAUAAAAUUGUCACGGUUGAAGCUUACAAGGAAGAGAAGUAUCUCCAGCUACACGAAAGAAGCACGACGAGUUUAGAGCUGAAACAAGCAACAAAGGACACAGAACUGCUGAACAAGAUGACUAUUCUGCGGUUGCAAGGCGGCUUCUUCUAUAAACCUCCUUCAGUCUAG